CACUUUCUGGCACUAUUCCAUCUACGAGUUUAAACAAAAUGGACUAGUCUAGGCAUAGACAUGUAGAGCUAGACUCUAGUCACUCUAAUCUAGAUCUAGAUAUUAAGUAUUAGCCAGAGGACUAGUUAGAAGAGAUAAUUUUACCUAAUACAUAACCACGACAUUUUUAAAGAAAUGAUAUAGGCAACAUAGGCCUAUUCAACACCUGAACAUAGUCUGAAGUAAUAUGUAGAAAUCUAGUUUUGAUUGGAGCCAAAGUAAGCGAGGGAACAUGGAGCAAUUGGACGAAAAUCAGCGUCAGUUUUUGUCAGUAUUUAAAAAUCUUGGCAUGAUCAUUGUCAAACAAGAGGCUGAACUCCUGGAGGCGUUCAUUAAUUUCGAAACGGCAAACCAGUACCGAGUCUAUGACGAAAUAGGCCGCUUUCUGCUACAAGUAGGUGAAGAGUCCGACUGUUUGACCAGACAAUGCUGUACCUCUGGUCGAGCUCACAUGCUUCACGUUAUGGACAACAACUUGAACGAGGUGCUGACCUUGAGAUCCCCCUGGCGCCCUUGUAUGGGCCCUUUCUGUUUUGCUUGUUGUGACCCAUGUAGUCACCAAAUUCAUGUUUACUGCUGCAAUAAAAGAAUCGGCUACGUGGAGGAAUCCUGCUCCUUAAUUCAAUACACCUUCCGUGUUUACAGGGACGACGAGAACCCCGUCUUCACAAUCAAUGCUCCCUUGUGCCGAUGGGAUGCCUGCUGCUGUGAUGACGUCUACUACGUAUACGACUACCAAGGGUCAGCUGUCGCACAGAUACGUAAGAAGUUUGCAGGCAUUGGGAAAGAGGUAUUCACCGAUGCCGACACGUUCGGAGUGCAGUUGCCCAGACACAUGCAUGUUCUCGAUAAGGCGCUCCUCUUUGCAGCUACCUUCCUCAUAGAUUUUAUGUUCUACGAGAAUAACAACAAGUCGGAUAAUAUGAUGGAUCGUGGCAUACAAAUAGGAAGAUAAAAAAAAAACAUCAGAAGAAAAAAAAAAAAGCACAGCGGGAAUGAAAAAUGAAAACAAUGUUUUAAAAACAUAAAUCUUAAUGUGAAUUGAAACAUUUCAAAACUUGUGACUUUGUUGUUAUUAUCUCAUUUGGCCAAAGUUGUAAAUAAAUUGUUUCGUUGACAUAUUUGGAAGUCAAUUUUUAAAACUCAGUUUGACGAGCUUACAGUGCUUCCCUAUGACUCUCUAGCUUGCUUGU